GCGAUGACCCCUCGGUCUUGUUAGGGAGGGGGUGAUGCUGAGAUGGGGGCAGCGGCCGCUGAAGCGGAUCGCACUCUCUUUGUGGGCAACCUUGAAACUAAAGUGACAGAGGAACUCCUUUUCGAGCUUUUCCACCAGGUAAACAGCUGGAAUCGGCCCCUUUUCCUUUCGUUUUCCGGUUCUCGUAGGGCCCGGCCCAACGGCCACAGCUGCUUCGCGCGAGCUUGGCCGUCAGUCGGAGCACCCGACAGGCUGGCCCAGUAAUAAAAGUAAAAAUUCCCAAAGAUAAGGAUGGUAAACCAAAGCAGUUUGCAUUUGUGAAUUUCAAACAUGAAGUAUCUGUUCCUUAUGCAAUGAAUCUGCUUAAUGGAAUCAAACUUUUUGGAAGACCCAUCAAAAUUCAGUUUAGAUCGGGAAGUAGCCAUGCCUCCUCACAGGAUGUCAGUUUGUCAUAUUCCCAGCAUCAUGUUGGAAAUUCAAGCCCUGCCUCUACAUCUCCUACCAGCAGGUAUGAAAGGACUGUGGAUAACAUGACUCCAUCAACACAGUUAAUUCAGAGAUCUUUCUCUUCUCCAGAAAAUUUUCAGAGACAAGCCGUGAUGAACAGUGCUUUGAGGCAGGUGUCAUAUGGUGGGAAAUUUGGUUCUCCACAUCUGGAUCAGUCAGGAUUUUCCACAACAGUUCAGUCACAUAAUCAUUCUUAUAACCAGUCUUCAAGCUCCCAGUGGCGCCAAGAUACAUCACCAUCACAGCGUAGAGUCAGGCAGAAUUCUCAUCCCUACAUAGCAGAUAGACAUUAUAGCCGUGAACAGCGUUACACUGAUCAUGGUUCUGACCAUCAUUACAGAGGAAGCAGAGAUGAUUUCUUUUAUGAAGAUAGGAAUCACAAUGGCUGGAGCCAUGACUAUGAAAACAGAAGAGACAAUAGUAGAGAUGGAAAAUGGCGCUCAUCUCGACACUAACGAGUAUUAAAAGAACAUUUUCUUCAUAUGGGGUCAUUUUAGGCCCUCUUGGAUAGGUUCGUUUGGAGAAGUUUUGUUAAACUGUAUAGAGCAGCUUUACAAGUUGCCCCAUUUCUUUAAAAAAUGUUUUUAAAACCUAGAGCAACAGUUCAAGUCAGAAAUGAGAACAACUGUGGUUCCAGUUUAAUUACAUUAAUAACCUCUCACCUCAGGGUUUUAUGAAGAGGAAAGGGUUUAUGCAAAAGAGAGUGCCACAAUUCCUAAUCAUUUUAGACCAUUUAGGAAGGGGUGAAUUGUUUGGUUGUAUUAUAAAACAAAUAUUUUAAUUAUUUGUAGUCUUUUUGUAUUGCAAGGAAUUUCUUAUCAGUGAAUCAGAUUUUGGUGUGUAUAGUAGAAAAUAUCCAAGUUGGUAAUCUGAAAUGGCUAUCAGUAUUUUGUUAAUAAAUUAGAAAACAACUUCAGUGAUUCAUUUUACUAACAUUAUAUUUGAGAAAGCUUAUUAGCAGGUAGAGUUGGGGAAUAAAUCAUAUUGUUUAACUUCUUAGAGAAUUUAAGUACAUGUUCUGUGACACGGUCUUUUGAGUUUUACCCUAAUUGAAUAUAUUAGUGUAAAUUUACAUAUAUCAUUGUUUCAUUCUAAAAUUUUAGAAAUUUUUCAUUAAAUCAUGUUUGAUGUAUGACUGAACUCAGGAAGUUAAAUGUCUUCAGAUGUAUAUUUUUACAUUAAAAAAACACAGUAUUAGCAUAAAAUCUCCUUUUCAGGAAGAAAAAAAUGUUUCAAUGUGCAGUCAGAUAAAAUGGUAAAAUGUUUUACUGAAAGUCUACUUUUUUUGGGAAAAAGAUUCGUGAAGUGCUUUUUCUGUCACUCAAAUUUUUAACAAUUUAGCAUUUUCAAAAUUCCAGGACAUGUGUAGAAGUACGCAUUUUAUUAUGGAAAUUGUACAGGUUGUUUUUGUUUGAACAUUUGAAGAAUUUAAUCUUAAGCCCUCCUGAUGUAAAAAUUUUAUAAUUUAGUUUAACAAAACCUUUAUGUAUCAAGAUGAUACUGUCCCUUUCGUUGUGGAUUAUAAACUUAUUUAUAAGAAUUCAUUCCUUGAAAAAUUUGUAUCCUUUUUAAUACUGACCAUGCAUUUGUAUUAUGUUGCUUUUUAAUAUAUUUAAAACAUAUAAAAGGCUGUGUCUUAUUUUUUGACUUAACUAACUUUCGAGACAUUGUAUACAAGAAGUUAGCAGUAUACUCUUAUUCAAUGAUUGCUUGGUGUUAAAAAUGUCAGUUAUUUAAUUUAGAGCAUAUUAAAAUAUAUUUUUUGUACAUAACAAACCUGAUACCUGAGUUAGAUUUUCAGUGACAUAUAUGAAUUAUAAUCCUUAGUGCUGUAAACUAAUUUAUUUACUCUUCCUGGUAUACUCAAGAUUUUCUCUGUUUGUAAAUGCAUUCAGUUUUUUUUUCUCUAGGUAAAUGGGGCCUAUCCAAUUGCUCAUCACAGAGGGAGUUAAGAUCAAAAGUUUGUUUGCUUAAGUAGUCUAAUAGUAGGAUUUGUUUUCAUUGAGUUUGCUAUUUUCAGUUAUCUUAUUAUUUAGUAAGAUUUUAUAGAGAUUAACACAUUAAUACUGCUUUGUUGCAACUUAUCCGUGGUUCAGAUCCUUUCAUAUUGAUUCACAGGUGAUUCUGGUUGAAAAUAGUUUUUUUUAAUGACUUCUGGGGGCAUCCCUUAUGAGGUUCCAGUACAUCUUGCUCACUUUAAUCUCAUCUAGUGUCACUUUAAUCUCACCAAGUGGCAAGUGACCAAAUUAAUUGUGUUAUAUAAAGGGAUGAAAAGAACAAGUCAGCCUCAAAGAAUUUAACCUAGUUGGUGAGACAGUUCACCCAAGUAUUGAGAGUUUUAUAGGAGUAAAAAGAAGAGAUUUGUUUUUGUAGAAGAGCAGUUCACCCAGAGUGUGUUCCAUGGAAUGCUAGUCUCACAAGUUCUGCAAAAAAAAGGAUUCUGAAUUCAAAUAUGUUUGGAAAAAAUUGUGUGCUGUCUAACAUUGUGUGAUUUUCUCAGAACAGCACAAUAAAGAUUCUGAGAACAACAGUAAAAUCCAUGUAACAGUGUUUAGCCUAGUAUUUUCCAAACUUACUUGACAAUGGAACUUUUAUACAUAAGAACUCCUACGACUACCCAAAGA